UUUAAUGUGCGUAGUUUUUCUUUUUCGCUAAAUUUGUUUUUACCGGUACCGAAGAGGGAUUCAUUAAGAAUCAAUGCAAUUUCCAAGAAAUGGGAACCCACCAAGGUUGGACCACAAGCUGAUAGAGUUCUUAUCCGUCUCGAGGACCUACCUGAGAAAUCGUCUGGUGGGGUUUUGUUGCCCAAAUCAGCUGUUAAAUUUGAGCGGUAUCUAAUGGGAGAGGUUUUAUCUGUUGGUGCUGAGGUUGGGGAAGUGGAGGCUGUAAAGAGGGUUCUUUUCUCAGACAUCAAUGCUUAUGAGGUUGAUUUGGGAACAUAUGCUAAGCAUUGCUUCUGCAAAGCUGGUGAUUUGUUGGCCGUUGUGGAGUGACAUCUCUGCAUUUCUGCCAACUUUGACAAGAGGAACUCCAUACAAUGAGGGAGUCAACUUGGCUCUUCUGUCAGUGUGAAGUUAAAUGAAGAUCUUCCGACUGUCUGUAUUGAAGUAUGCUCAGCAUUAGGAGAUCGGUUAUUUUUGCUUUCUUUGUUCUGUGCUGCUAAACCUUGUAAUAAACGGGAGCUUUGUUCUUACUUUGACUCGAUCCCGAGUUGUUCUGAUAGACAAUUCUUAGAGCCUGUUUGUAAAUGCUUCUGGCUGAUUUCAAUUUUUGAUAUUUUUUUAAAA